CGCAUGUCAGUCGUCCACCGCUUCGCUUACGCCACCCUGGUCGCCACGGACUCGUACGCGGUCGGCGCAGAGGUCCUUCGCGCUAGCUUGCUUGCCACCAAGUCCCCAUAUACGCUGGUCAUCCUGCACACACCCACCGUCUCUGAGAGCGUGGUGGAGAACCUCCGUCGACUGGAAAACGUCCAGGUCGUUCCCGUCGCGUGGCUGUAUCCACGACCCGACCAAGCCACGAGCUACGCCUUCGACCGGUUCAAGGACGUGUGGAAGAAACUGCGCGUGUUCGAGCUGACGGUGUACGACACCGUCGCGUUCCUCGACUCGGAUAUGCUCGUCACUCAAAACAUGGACGAGCUAUUCACGCUCAUCGGCGACGCCCCAGACACUCUCGUGGCCAGUUUGGCCUGCACUUGCAACCCCAUGAAGAUUCCUCACUAUCCAACACAUUGGCAGCCCGAGAACUGUCCGUACUGGAAGCGCGAGCAUGGCGGCAUGGUAGACUCGAACAUUGUCCCCAAAUACUUUAACUCUGCUAGACCAUCAAACUGCUCGCCUAAACUGGUAGACAUGGCCACGUUCAAUCGAUUGGUCAGUCGGUUUCAGGACGAACCAGACUUGAGCCGGUUUGUAUUUGCCGACCAGUGCUUCUUCAACGAAAACUUCCCCAACUUUCACGUGGCGAGCUACAAGUACAACGCGGUCAAGAUGCUUCAGUCGGCCCACCCUGCGACGUGGAACAUGGAGGUAGGUAGGUGUCAGGACUAUUUCUCAUCUGGCUUGGCUGCAGGAAGUGAAGAACGUGCAUUUCAUUCUCACGAAACCAUGGGACGUCGAUCCAACAGAUCCAGGUCAAGGGGAAGUUCCCUUCCUCGAUUUGUACAAAAUCUGGUGGGCCACAAGGGACAACAACGCCCCCGCCGCCGCCUUGUCGACGUGAUCGUAGUCGCACCGGCGAGUCGAUGGAAGCUGCUGCGUACUAGAGCAAGCCAAAGUUGCCACAAAUCAUCGUGUUGUCACCCGCCCAGAACGUACAGAGCUGCGAUACAGGGUAUGUAGUGGUAUACUGUAAUGUUAUCAUUGGUGAGGGGGGUUCAAAGCAGGAAGUGUAGCUUACGCCCCAUUAAACUACAAGGAUUGGCAUCACGCCGAUGGCACUACAGCAAUGCAAAGCGAGCCAAACCUCUAGUACUUGCGCAACAUCACAGUCUACACGGCUACAUCAGCAACCUAAUCGAGGCGAAAACAGUGCCACUCCUGAUGAAGUGCACUGGUAGGCUGCUGCGUCCAGCCAAAGAAGUACAGAAAAUCAAUAUGCACCGUAGUGCAAAUUAAAACUUCCAACGAGUAUUGCGUAUAUGUGACA